AUGCCUUCUAGACGUAUUAUGUUGCAAAUCAACCCAGAAUCAACAGAUGCGUUACGCGAAAUAUCUACAGCGGUUGAAAAAGCAGACGGGAAAAAUUUACCUGCCCCUUUGAUCUUUCCUCCAGUUUUACACUUCACGGUGUCCGAGGAAACUGCUAAGGAAAUUAAAACAAACUAUGAAGGUUCUAUUCUUCGAAUUAUGACCGAUGAGGAGGCAGAGAGUGAUGAAUAA